AAGUGUGCGUGGUUUUCUACGUCAAGAUAUUCCAAAAACUUGGAUUUUGAAAUAACACAUUUUAUUAUUAAAAAUAAUUGAAAAACCGCUUCAUACAUUGAAACAUGCCUGUUGCUGAUGAUAUACAAUCUUCUUGGGCAGAUGAAGUGGAAAUAGAUCAGGGUGCCCUACCUCCACCUUCAGAAGUUGUAGAGAAUGGCCUGAAAAUUGUGACUGAAUACAAAUACGAUAAUGACAACAAAAAGGUUAAAAUAGUCCGCACAUACAAAAUUGAAAAACGUGUUGUUUCUAAGAGUAUCGCUAAACGUAAGACUUGGAGUAAAUUUGGUGAUUCAGCUAAUGACAAACCAGGCCCUAAUCCAGCUACAACUAAUGUAUCUGAAGAUGUUUUCAUGCAGUUCAUUUCAAGUAAGGAAGAGAGUCAACGUCCUGAUGAUGGAGAAUUAGAUGGCCUUAAGCCACCAACAAGUCGUGUGAUCUUCAAGUGUCGUACUUGUCAGGGUGAUCACUGGACUCUUAGCUGUCCAUUCCAACAUACUGAAUUGGCACAGGCCAAAGCCAAUGAAGCUGCCAAAUCUACAGAUGCAAAAACUGCGACCACAAACAAAUAUGUGGCGCCAUAUUUGCGGGAAGGCGGCGCUGGACGUGGUACUAGCCGGGAGCCACCAGGCGCGCGUCGCGAUGACAUCGCCGCUAUACGUAUAUCUAACCUCAGUAACUUUGCCGUUGAGGCUGACCUUGAAGAUCUCGUGAAAGGUUUCGGACCAGUCCAGAAACUCUAUCUGGCUAAAGAGAAGAGCACUGGCCAUUGCAAAGGAUUUGCAUAUGUUCAUUUUAAAUUCCGCGCUGACGCUGCAAAGGCUAUCCAGACACUCAAUGGACAUGGUUAUGAUCACUUGAUUUUAAAUGUAGAGUGGUCUAAGCCUCCUCAGAAUAACUAAAUACAAUGAUAUUUGCUACAUUGUACACAAAUCGCAAACCUUGUAAAGGAAAUUUAAUAUUAAAAUAUACUAUGGAAUC